AUGUCGAACAUGGAACAACACAGUCUUCAUACUAAGAAACCAUACCAAUGUAAAGAAUGCAACAAGUACUUUAGCUGGAAAGGCAAUCUGAAAACACACAUGAGAGUGCAUACUGGUGAGAAACCAUAUGAAUGUAAAGAAUGCAACAAGUGUUUUACCCAACAAGGUGCUGUGAAAAAACACAUGAGAGUGCAUACUGGUGAGAAACCAUACCAAUGUAAAGAAUGCAACAAGUGCUUUACCAUGAAAGGCGACCUGAAAAGACACAUGGGAGUGCAUACUGGUGAGAAACCAUAUGAAUGUAAAGAAUGCAACAAGUGUUUUCCCGACAAAUGCUACCUGAAAACACACAUGAGAGUACAUAUUGGUGAGAAACCAUACCAAUGUAAAGAAUGCAACAAGUGCUUUACUAUGAAAUACCACCUGAAAACACACAUGAGAGUACAUACUGGUGAGAAACCUUAUGAAUGUAAAGAAUGCAACAAGUGCUUUACCUGGAAAGGUGACCUGAAAAGACACAUGAGAGUGCAUACUGGUGAGAAACCAUACCAAUGUAAAGAAUGCAACAAGUACUUUACCUGGAAAGGCGACCUGAAAACACACAUGAGAGUGCAUACUGGUGAGAAACCAUACCAAUGUAAAGAAUGCAACAAGUAUUUUACCUGGAAAGGCGACCUGAAAACACACAUGAGAGUGCAUACUGGUGAGAAACCAUAUGAAUGUAAAGGAUGCAACAAGUGUUUUACCCGGAAAGGCUACCUGAAAUCACACAUGAGAAUGCAUACUGGUGAGCAGCCAUACCAAUGUAAAGUUUGUGACAAGUGUUUUAUCAAUACAAGCAAUCUGAAAAGACACAUGAGUGUGCAUACUGGUGAGAAACCAUAUGAAUGUAAAGAAUGCAACAAGUGUUUUACCCGGAAAGGCUACCUGAAAUCACACAUGAGAAUUCAUACUGGUGAGCAGCCAUACCAAUGUAAAGUUUGUGACAAGUGUUUUAUCAAUACAAGCAAUCUGAAAAGACACAUGAGUGUGCAUACUGGUGAGAAACCAUAUGAAUGUAAAGAAUGCAACAAGUGUUUUACCCGGAAAGGCUACCUGAAAUCACACAUGAGAAUUCAUACUGGUGAGAAACCAUAUGAAUGUAAAGAAUGCAACAAGUGUUUUACCCGGAAAGGCUACCUGAAAUCACACAUGAGAAUUCAUACUGGUGAGCAGCCAUACCAAUGUAAAGUUUGUGACAAGUGUUUUAUCAAUACAAGCAAUCUGAAAAGACACAUGAGUGUGCAUACUGGUGAGAAACCAUAUGAAUGUAAAGAAUGCAACAAGUGUUUUACCCGGAAAGGCUACCUGAAAAAACACAUGAAAGUGCAUACUGAAUUGUGUACUAUCAAUACCAACAUUGUAGCAGAAACUAUGGCAACAACGUCAGAUUACUUGCUUGACUAUCCGGAUGAAUAUCACCAAAGUUUCCAAACUAUGAUGGAUUACGGCGGGAGAUUCAGAGAGCUUCGUUACAAGGAAGAUUCGAUAAAAACGGUUGACAAGUUACAACUUGAAUCGUGCAACCAGGUAUACGUUCUCUCUAUUGGACCCGGGAAUGGUUCUGCUGAUCUUCAUUUCAUUAAUGCAUUGGUGGACAAAUAUACUACAAUACAUUACACCGUGGUGGAACCGGUAUCUGGUCCAUUAGAUGAAUUUAAGAGGUUAAUUGAAUCUCAUCAAGAUAAAUGGAAUAGAGUCAACUUUAGUUUUCAUGUUCAAGGAAUUACCGAGUACCUUAAAGAAGGUGGUGCAGCUGAUAAGUAUGACUUCAUACAUGCUUGUCAUUCUUUGUAUUUUUUUGGUGAUGUUGGAAAUACACUGCACACUUUAUAUAACAUGCUCAAUGUGAAUGGAAUACUUCUAAUAAGAGCUGUGACAGGUUUGUAA